AUGUUGAUUCGAGUCUUCACUCAUUUCCCCGUUGUCAUCAAUUGGAUUGCCUUCUUCUUGGCUCUUCUACUGAAUAACUUCCUGGCAUACUGUAUUCGGUCGUCAGAAACCAAACAUUUCGGAAAUUACGAAAAGAUGAUGUACGCCAAUAUGGCAAAUCUUUUGUUCUUCUCAACGUUGCAUACGUAUCUGCAUCCGAUCAUUUCCAUCGAGCGAAACGUUCUCUACGUCUUCACCCGACUGGACUACUUCCAGCUCCCAAAAUUAUCUAUCCGAAUCCUCAUGGCUCUCUAUGGAAUGUCAUACUGUAUGUCACUUGUUCUCUGCGCCGUCACCUUCAUCUACCGUUUUGAUCGGGUUUGCCACUCAACCCUCCAAUACUUCCAAACCCGCAAGCAAAUGCUUCUCUGGCUCUUCCUCGUUUUCUCCCUCGGACUCUAUUGGGGAUUCUGCAUCUUCCACUUCGCACAGGCCACUCCAUACGUUGACAAGAUAAUCGAGAAGCCUCUCGAGGAAGAUUUCGGAGUUGCAUUCGUUAACACCACCUAUGUUGCCGCUGUCUAUGAGAUCCAAAACGUGGAAACUGGGUUGACUGAAUGGAAUCAGAGUGGUCUUGUGAUGGGUGUCUCGUUUGGUACAAUCAUUGUCGGGUCGAUGGUUACAAUCUUUUUCUGUGUUGGCAGAGUUUGGAUGAAAGUGAAUACAUUUGUACACUCGCAGAUUUUUGAUAAGGUUCAGAAGGAAUUGUUCAAGGCGCAAUGUUUGCAGGCCCUCAUCCCCGUCGCUGUCAUUUUCAUCCCAAUUCUAUCCUUCCUGGCUCUCCCAAUGCUCAACAUUCAUGGAUACACUGGUCUCUCGUUUGUUUCCGUAUUCAUUGGCUUGUACCCAGUCAUCGACCCGAUUGCUUUGAUGUAUACGAUUACGGAGUACCGGGAACUGAUGUUUGAACUUUUUAUUUGCCGUUAA